UAAAUGCUUAAACGAGAAUAUACCCCAAAGCUGCCGCGAAAACGAGGCGAGGUAGCCCAACUCAUUAAGCAAAACUGAGCUACAAACAGAGCCUCUGAUUGCCUCCACGUCGAUUCCUUCCUCCUUCUGCCUCUGCCCGCUUGUGCCUCAUUGCCUUUGCGUGAACAUGGAGAACCCAAAAGAGGAAAUCGAUUCGGAGAAAGAGAUGCCAAAAGCGGAGGUGGUGGUCAAGGAGAAGGAGCAAGAGAUUAUUAGGAGGAGAAUGGUUGGAUUUCUAUCCAAUAAGAUCAGCCGAGAUGAAUUAAAACCAGGAGAUCAUAUUUAUACAUGGCGCCAUGGUUAUCUUUACUCUCAUCACGGCAUAUAUGUUGGUGAUGAAAGGGUAAUCCACUUCACGCGGAGUGCAGAACAUGAAAUUGGAACAGGGACUGUGUUUGACCGCGUCAUUUUCAGCUCAUCUCCUUCGAAUUCGUCGGACACCCCAUGUCCAAGAUGCGGGGAUCAGUCUAAAGCUAGUGGUGUCAUAUCUUCAUGUCUUGAAUGUUUCCUGUAUGGUGAUGAACUGUAUCGAUUCGAGUAUGGUGUGUCACCAGUGGUUUUCCUCGCCAGAGUUCGAGGAGGAACAUGUACUCUCGCUGCCUCUGAUCCAGCUGAACAUGUUAUCCAUCGUGCUGAAUUUCUGCUUCAAAAUGGUUUUGGAGGUUAUAACAUUUUCAAGAAUAACUGUGAGGAUUUUGCAAUAUAUUGCAAAACAGGAUUACUGGUAUUUACAUCAGUCAGUUUGGGUCGUAGUGGGCAGGCAACAUCCUUCAUAGCUGCUGUUACUGCCAUUGUUUCGUCUCCUCUACGUUUUAUGACAACUAGCUUUCCUGGUCUGGCUGCUGUCGGUUGUAGCCUUUAUUGCCUUAGUCGAUUUGUGUCUGAUAUUGGAAUACGUCGCGAUGUGACAAAAAUUCCUGUUGAGAGACUUGUUUCUCGCUCUGGAUUGGAUGGGUCCGACCCUGAAUCUGAGACAUGCUCAACCAGUGCAUCUGAGACGACCAAGGAGGACUAGUUUCAUAUUCAUAGGUUUGCAAGGAGCUGGAAAAUUGAUGCGUAUGCUGAAUUGGCGGUGACCCAUUGAACUUCAUGUUCUGUAUGAAGACAAGCUGCUUUAUUCGGGACAUAGGCGCCUUUACUCUUUAUGGUUAAGUAAAUGCAAAAGAUUCCAAGUAUUUCGGGGAGGUUGAUGACUUCAAAGGCCAUGAAAGGGAAAUGCUCGUGUUCAAUACCCAAAAGGCCCGGUCUCAUAGCUUUUUGUGCUAAAAUGUCAAUGAUUUAUGUGUACUUGACCGCACUAUUAUCUUUGAAUGGUUAUAAAAAGUAAUCAAAAUUAGUAG